UUUGAAAACUCACAAAUAAAUUCAACACAUGCAAUACAACAAGACAAUCGUAAUUUAUUUAAAACUUAACAUUCGUAACGUAACAUGCAAGGCACAAUUAAUGAAUUGACAUAUACUAUUAUAAUUUAUAAGUACAGACAGUCACUAGCACAAUUGAAAUUCAAGUUUUGACCAACAAUUACAAACGACAUCAAUAAUCAACAUAAUAUUAUUAUCAAAUUUGUUAUCUUUUCAGCGUAGAUCACGGAUAGAAGAUAGCACACAUCGAAAUUUGAAUACCACUUUUUGAUAAUUUAGUGACCUAACCACAGAAUAAACCACAGAUAUUAAGAUAUCUUAAUUCAUGGACCUAACUUAACCGUAACUUCAACCGUGGAAUGGGUAAACCAUGAUAAAAGAACAUGAUAUUAUGACAAUGAAGAUUUUCAAGAAAGAAUUUGGAGUGUAUCGGUACGCAUUGGGUCAAUUUUGAGCGUUCAAGAUAUUACACGUGCAAUAUACAAGCGAUACGUACCGACCCGUAUCGGACUCGAACUCCGAUACAAGGUGGUACGUAACUAUUUCGUAUCGAUACGUAUCGAAUUUUUCUUCUUGAAAAUCUUGAUCUUUUCCAAAUAAUUGACGGACUGCGCACACAAAUCGCGGUUCUUUUGAUUGGUCAAUAGAUUCCCGCCAAAAUGUAUUAAUUUUAAAUACUUUAUCAUCAUUUAUCUAAAAUAAAUAGUACAUUUCUAUCAUUUAAUAUACUAUUAAAUUAUUAUCUUAAUCAUGAUAAAAGAACUUAGAUCUUAGUAUUAUCUUCCAUAUUUUUGAUUUUUAACUUAAUUACCACGGAAUAAGUUAUUGUGUAAGCUAAUGCUGCAAGUUUAUUAGUUAUCCCUUCGUCAUGCCUGUUUGUGUGUAUUAUGGUUGUACAACCGAUAGCAAAAAAAAAUCGAUUAUAAAGGAUACCUCGGUGCAUAUCCAUUCUUUCCCAAAAGAUGAACAGCUAAGAACUAUUUGGCUCAAACGAAUUCAUUGGGGCAACAAGAAAAUAAAAAAUAUAAAUUUUAAUACAGAUGUAGUAUGUUCCUUACAUUUUUCUGAAUGCCAAUAUGUUGAGAAAUCUUUGCAACAACAACUAUUAAAUCAUUCUCCUAAACGUAGACGUUUAAAACCAGAUGCAAUACCUAUGAGUUCUUAUGGUUUUGAGUAUGAUGACGUACCUUUCUGUAGAAGUACUACCAAUACUGUUGAUCAUGUUAAAACUCCAAGUGGCUUAUUUACAGUGACUAACAAUAAUCUUGAAGUACUGAAUAAAACAUAUAGUAAUGAAUUUAAAAGUCCUGUUGGUUUAUUUACUGUAACUUGUGAGGAAAGCCGUGUAAAUGAUAUAAAUCCGCAGCCUGAAAGUUAUCGAAAGUUUAUUGUUCUUUUAUCAUGGGGUAAACCAUUUUAAUGAAAAAUGUCUGUAUUGAACACUAAAAGUGUUUACUACUUUAGUUCUUUGCUGCUGUUACUUGUUGCAUUUGCACAAUGCACAGAAUAUCUAAGAAAGCCUGAACCAAGGUAGUUAUAAUAUUAUUAUAUUAUUAAAGUAUUUUAAUCUGUGAGAAGCAUAAGUAGUCAAUGGUUCAACAUUGCAGCACACUGCACACACCGUCACAUUAGCCACACGAAAAUCCUCAACGGCAAACCUCCGGAGAGACAUUCAUGGUGCGCGUUGACAUGGUUCCUAAGACAUAACAAUAACACCUAACCUCCAGGUUCCAGAUAUCGGCUGAUGGCUAUCGACCAUAUUUGAGUAAACAAAAGUGUUGUACUGUCGCUUCUAUAGAAAUAACAAUAAUAUCUUUUAUACUUUUAUAAUAAUAUAUAAAUUAACGACUAUCGUUUUUACAUAAUAAACUUGUAUGAUCACUGUUGAAGACUAAACCACAGUAUAAACAAUAAAAAUGUAAUAAAACCUUAUUAUUUAUACAGACUGUACUGUGAAACUGUUGGGUGUUUGUUAAUUUGGAUGUGGACAUGCAAGCAGCAAGCUGAUACAUUAUACGUACACAUUCAAGGGUCAAAAAGAGACGAGUGAUGAAGUAUGACUAGAUGGAGGCAAAGAGUUGUAUUUAUCUACAUAUGUAUAUAAUUUUAUGUGCAUUUUAAAAUAUUGAAAACAUUGCUUAUAUGAUAUUUAAGGUUGAAGGCGUACCCAUAUUGAAAAUAGCAUAACACCUGCAAAUGUUUAAAACUAUACCCCAAUGUUUCUUCACUCGCUUAAACCUGAACUACAAUAAGACUAUCAAACUUUAACUCAAGAUUACAGAACAGGUAACUUAUUCUGGCAAUUGUAGUGGUUUCACAUUAAAGUGCAUUGACUUAAUAAGUUAUGGUAUACAAGAAUUUCAAGCAUCUAAAGAUGCACCAUUAGGUUUAUUAGUAACUAACCUUUUUUAAAAAUAAAUGAGGCUGCUGAAUUUUUUGGUUCGAGAACCAUUCCAAAAGCAUGAAAUAUUCAGCUAACAUUUAACCUAACUAAAAAUAAAACUUGUUAUGGAAUCAGAUGUGCAGGUUUUGAUAACUUGUUGUUUGAUUUACAUUGGUUGAUAUCUGGUAGUAUCAGAAAUAAUUGAAUUUUUAUUCAGCUCGAUUGCUUAUACUGCAAGUCACUGUAGUUGUCUCUCGCAUAAGAAUUUACUUCUUUAAUGGAAAAAAUUAAGUUUAAAUGUUAGAUUUCUUCAAAGACCCAAGUAUAGAAGUCGUCAAACUCCAUCAACUAUUGACUCAAAAAAGGAAUAAAACUUUGACCAACACUAAGGAGAAAUAGACAUUGUGUAAUGAGUAAUGACCUAUGAUUGCAAUGGUUUUAAAUUCGGCCAACUGAAAGAAAAGAAUCAUUUUGGAAUCAACUG